CUGGCAUUAAUAUGUUUACUUACAGUUGUUGUUUAGGCACCUGUGGGGGAAAAUGGGGAAAGAAAAAACCAAAGAGGUGACAUCGGUGGAGUCAUCAGUGGAUGAAGAGGAGAGAGGAGAGUGGGGGAACCAGUGUGAGUUCUUCCUCUCCUGUCUUGGCUAUGCUGUUGGCUUCGGCAACGUGUGGAGGUUCCCUUACCUCUGUUACAAGAACGGCGGUGCGGCGUUCCUCAUCCCCUACACGAUCAUGCUGUUGUGUGCUGGAUUACCCUUGUUCUUCCUGGAGCUGGCACUAGGCCAGUACGUCAGCCUCGGACCAAAUAUCCUCUUCCCGAAGCUGGUGCCCUUCUUCGGUGGGCUGGGGUGGGCCAUGGUGAUGUUGUCACUACUGGUCGCUAUCUACUACAAUAUGAUUCUUGCCUGGACGUUUUUCUACACCUUCGCUUCCUUCACCAGCGAGCUGCCCUGGGGACACUGCAAUAAUUAUUUUAAUUCUCUCGAAUGUUACACCGAGGAGCUGGCGGCGUCAUGCAGGAACCAAUCCAUGUACUACUACAACAGCACUUGCGUCAGCUCUGAAGUGUACUGCAAGGCAGCUGGCUUAAAAGCCUUGAAUGCCACACACUGUCAAUCAGCAGCCAGUAUGAAGCUAGCCGAGGGAGCUGUGUCCAGAAUAUCUGCUAGCGAGGACUAUUUUAGGAACCGCAUGUUAGGUGUGACAGGAACCACCUGGGACGACAUGGGAGAGAUGAGGUGGGAACUGGUUGGUUGCCUGGCUCUAUCCUGGGUACUGGUCGCUGCCUGCAUGGUCAAGGGAGUCAAGAGCUCUGGCAAAGUGGUUUAUUUCACGGCUCUUUUCCCUUAUGUUGUUCUCGUUAUUCUUUUCAUUCGAGGUAUCACCUUGAAGGGAGCGUACACUGGUAUUGAAUUUUACAUCCUGAAGCCUAAUAUGACGCGGCUUACUGAGAUUGAAGUGUGGAAUGAUGCUGCCACACAGAUCUUCUACUCGCUCGGUUCAUCGUUUGGUGGCCUGAUUACACUUGCAUCAUACAAUAAGUUCAAAAACAACUGCAUGCGAGAUGCUAUCAUCAUUGCUUUUUCCAACUGUGGUACUUCGGUAUUUGCCGGCUUCGUGAUCUUCAGCAUCCUGGGGUUCCUGGCUACAGAGCUUGGGGUUGAAGUGAAGGACGUUGUGUCUUCAGGUUCUGGUCUGGCCUUCGUGGUGUACCCAGCAGCCGUCACUCAUAUGCCUGUACCACCAGUAUGGUCGCUACUCUUCUUCUUUAUGCUCAUCUCUCUUGGUCUCGACUCUCAGUUCACAAUGGUAGAGACGAUAGCCACAGCUCUCUUCGAUCAGUUUGAAUUCUUGCGAAGCAAAAAGCCACAAGUAGUGGGAACCUUGUGUAUUUCGUUAUUUCUCUGUGGCUUAACCAUGUGUCUGGACGGUGGCAUUUACAUGUUCGAGCUCUUCAACUGGUACUCUGCUGGAAUUUCUGUCAUCAUCUUGGGAAUUAUUGAACUCGCAGUUGUUGCAUAUAUUUAUGGUUUUAAAAAGUUCAUGAGGAAUAUUUCUGAAGAAAUGGGUAUUCACGUUCCUCUACCACUUUAUAUCUAUUGGGCUGCCACUUGGCUUGUUAUCACACCAGUGGCACUUGUUAUAAUUUUGGUUUUGUCAAUCUACUACUACACUCCAGCCUAUUUUGGAAGCUACAUCUACCCUCUAAGAAUCCAAAUACUGGGCUGGUUCCUGUGUCUUGUUUCGCUCGUCUUCCUCCCACUUGGCACUAUUUAUGUUUUUGCGAAAGGGGACAAGAGAGGGAAAGAACUGUUCACAGCAUCUCCAGAUUUCUGCCCUCACCAUGUAAGAAAAGAGAGAGAGAAGGACGGUGAAUUCAAAAAUGGUCAGCCCGUUGGUGUGUUCAGAUACACGUACGAUAAUGAGGGUUAUCAAGAACCUACCGCUAAGAUAUACCCAGCAAUUCCCGCGGUUGAUAAUUCUCCUGUAUACUCCCACGCUCCGGGCUACUCCAAUCAUAUAUAGUGGAAAAGAAUUAUUGUAUUUUCUGUCUGAGAUAUGGCGAGACGUAAUUUAAGAUUUAAGUGAAAGAUAUUUACUUAAAUAACUUUUAUAUAGUAAUAGAAUCUAAAUAAAUCAAAUGUAUAAGUCAGUAUGUAAACAUGAUACCCAGGAAGGAGUGUACACUUAGUACUAGGUGAUUAUAUUUUGUGUAUUUUUUUUAAAUGCGUGUGGUUGUAAGUGUUGUUUGUGUACAGUGUAUGUAUUUUUGUAUUCAUAUUUAGUGUCUACAGUGCAUUUGCCCUUGUUAUCUACAUUAGAAAUAGCGUAAUAAAAUUUAAUAUACCUUUCAAGUCAUCGUUUGUAUGACGAGUGAAAAUUAAAUUAAGUGAAUAAUAAAGAUACGCUCGAUGUGGAUUUGCAAAACACGCAUUUGGGACAACAUUUCUGCCUGAUAUGAUCCUCAUCAAGUUAUGACUUGAUAAAUAGUUUAAUAGAUGUAAAACAGUCGAAUACGAUUUUCGACAAAUUGUCUUAACUUCAUUGUUGUCUACAUCACGCCAGUAAGCUUUUCGUUGACUUUAUUGUUAAGUGUACUGUAUUCAGGAGAAAUGUUUGUCAUGCCGUAAUGUAUAUUGUAAAACAAUGAGUCCUCUUAAGUUUAUCUCGUACCCGUGACAUACCUGUGAUCAGUUCCGAGGGUUUUACCCCUCGCAGCCCGGCCUGAGGUCAGACUUUCUUGCUGAUUGUCUGUUCAAUCAUGCUGCUGCUGCUGGUGGCCCGCUAGCCAAGAUAGCCAUAACAGCACUGCUGAUCUGGAGCUUGAAGGAAGUAGUGGUUCAUUUUUAUCUUGAAAAUUAAUGUUACUCAACACACACAACAGAAUGGCAACACGAAUCAGUCCGGUUUCUAUGCCGAAAAGUUGACCCGAGUGAAUGGAGUCUCUUGUUAUGAUAGACUUUCAACUAUAGGCUUUAUAUACUAUCAGUAAUAAUUUACAUUACUCACACAGUGAGGUAUAUUUUCAUGAUAGACAGUGUUUAUAAAAGUGACUUCUGUUUUGAUGUAGCUUUGAAGGUCUCAACCUUUUUUUUGUAUGCCGAAUUGCUGCAAUUAUUUGUUUCGUAAGCUUGUGUCACUGAUAUUUUAAUUUUUUAUAUUACCUACAUCAGAGAUAAACUGCAGUAUGAAAAACUAUGUAUAUAUGAAAGUUUUAUUUAUUUCAGUUACCCCAAAUACAUAAAAACCUUGGUAACCUUUUUAAGAUAUUUAAAAAAUCUGUGACUAUUUUGUGAAUGGAAAGAGAUGCAUUAAACGUGUGAGUGAGGUGAAAGAGUUGAAUGAUGAUGAAAGUAUUUUCUUUUUGGGGAUUUUUUCUUUUUGGGUAACCCUGCCUCGGUGGGAGACGGCCGACUUGUUAAAUAUAAA